UUUUUUUUACAUUUAACGAAUUUGCUUUUAAAGCUAGAUAAAACAACACAAAAUGGUUGCUGGCGGAGCUUCUGAUACCGGCGGCGUCAAGCCCAUGGCCAUUGCAGGUCGCAUGGUCCGCGAGCGCGAGCGCCUGAUUGGAAUGACUGGCGACGAGCGGGCCUGGCGCAAACAGUGGCUGAAGGACCAGGAGCUGCACCACGGCGCCCGAAAGGUGCCCGCCCUCGAGCUGGAGCUGAACAAUCCCAUUAAGCGCUUCUACCGGGCCCCCCUGGACAAGCUCUGCAACGUUCUAACCCCAGCCCUGGGCUUCCAGCGCGCCUACACGAUACGCUUCUGGACUGGCAAGGCUCUGAUGGCUCUCACGGGCAUCUAUGCCGGCGCCUACUACUUCAAGUACAAUCAGAAUGAUUGGACCCGCAAGGGGGGCUGGCGUGUGAUUUCAUCGCGUAGGUCCUGCGUUCCCGGUGACGAGGGCUAUCCCCGUGUGUCGGACCGCUCGGCACCCGCUGAUUAUGCGGCCCGCGGCUUUAAGCAGUCGCCUUUGUAAGCUCGAGAGCAUCUUGGUGACUUUUCCUAGGUUUGAAACGUAAAUUAAUGAUAGCAAAACAAAUAUCGCAAUAAACAUGGAAACAAAAUGUAAGAGAGGGA